AUGGCGGGCCUCUUCCAGAAGCUUCAGCUUAAGCCUGGCAUGAAACUCAGCGUGUCGGGUGCUCCUCCGGAGUUCAUGAAGCUGAAGCAGGAGCUUCUGAAAAAGGCAGGGGCGGCCAAGAAAGAUCUGCCGUCUGCCGCUCUGUAUUUUGUGAAGAGCUGCAAGGAAAUAGAUAAGCUGGCAAAGUCAGCGGUGCGGAAAGCGGGCCAGGAUGGAAUGCUUUGGAUCGCUUAUCCCAAGAAGACUUCGAAGAAAUAUGCGUCUGAUGUGGGCAGAGAUGGCAGUUUCAAAGCCUUCGGCAAGUUCAACUUCGAACAGGUCCGGCUCAUCGCCCUGGACGCAGAUUGGAGCGCCAUGCGACUCCGGGCCGUCGGGAAGAUCAAAAGCAUGACCCGCAACAAGGAUGAGCGGAGCCGGGACGAAGGUGAAUCUUCCGGGAGCGAGUCGGAGACGGAGGUUAUGGCUUACGUUGUAUCGCUGAUCAUCGCGGUGUGCAUCUCUGUCUUCAUGGAGGGAACGUGGGUCCCAAGCUUAGUUGAUGGGCUUCAGGGCUGGACCGUUUUUCUCACAGUCACGGUGGAGUCAGGCUUGCACAACGUGAUUUACAUGAUGAUGGACAACCUGUACGUCAUUGUCGCUGCUGUUGUGAGCUUCUUUGUUUUCAACAGACUCUACGGGAAGCUGGAGUGGCUGUCACUGUCCAUGUUGGUUUUCUCCGCCCCGGCUUUCUUCAUCAUGCGCCAGAGGUGCAACCUGAACUUCUGCAACAUCUUCACCUUUGACCAUCGGGAGCAAAGUUUUGCUGGGAUGUUAGCUGCCAUUGCUGCCAUCUCGCUGGGUGCCGUGGCGUCGGUUCUAGCCGAGCGGAUUUUCAAAAACCGACACAGAGGGCGCCUGGCCGGCGGUGACGAUGGCACCAUGCAUGGAAGGUAUUACAUCCAUAGGGUGCACCUGGACCUGGUGUGCUCUGUGCUGGGGGUGACCGUCUGGAUUGCGCAGUACUUCCUCAAUGAUGGUGAGUGGGGCUCGAGGACGGAUGUGAUGUUCGGUUCAUGGAGCCGAAUUCACGUCGUGCUGCUCUCUCUGACAGUCGGACAGAUGUGGUGGGCGGGGCUUGUCGUGAAGAAUUUCUCGACGGUCACCAAGUCACUCAUCCAGACAGUCGUUGGUAUUCUAAGCGCGUGCGCCGUUGACCCGAUCGUAGGGAUGACUGUGGGGUACAACUGGAGCAUUCGAUCCAUUCCAUCACUCUUGAUUGCCAUCUUCGUCGUCAUCUGUGCCGUCCUAUUCCAGACGGGGAGGUUGAAUGUGAAGUUCCUCUGGAAGAACGCUGGGCUGACUCCGAAGCGAGAGCACGGCGGCCUGGAAGCCUGCAAGCAGAUGUUCUGCAAGCGGAGCACCCCGGAGGACACCGCGGACACUUCCCCGGAAGCCUGUGCUUUCCUGAAGUAUUCUCUGCCGUUCUUUUACGUCAUCUCCAAUGCUUUGCAGACGGAGUUUCAGAACGAUGUGUCGGCCAACCGAUACUUCGUGCCGCAGUCGCUGCAAAUGGGCAUUCCCUUCUGCGGCAUGUGCCUGGCCUGCGUGCUCACGGUCAGCACUUACGGCUUCGCCGGGCUCCGUGAGGCCUUGAACCCCUGCAGCUUGCCGAAAUUCUUCGCCCUGGGCUUCCUCCAGUCGGUCUCGCUUUCUUUGUCGGGGCUGGCCAUGGCAAUAGGCAUCAACGCGUCGCUGAAGGAGGCCAUGGGAAAGAUCUACACUCCCUUGGCCAUGGUUUUGGGACGUUUCAUCUUGAAGCAAAGCUACGCUUGGAUUGAGUGGCUGUCGCACACGGCCUCCUUCGAUGCUGCUGUCAUCCUAGCUUUCAUGGAUGCCACCGUUGCAAACCACCGCGCUGGAAGAAAAUCACAUGUGGGUGCUAUCUUCUGCGUGGCGGCAUCGGCGUCAGUGUCCUGCAUCAACUCCGUGAUCAUGGAGCUGGCACUUCAGAAUACCACGACGCCUUUCAUCAUGAACAAGGUGCGGCUAGAUCUUGGCACCUUUUUCUGGAGCAUCACCUUCUUGCCCGUCAUGGGCUUCAUGGGAGUCCAUGGAGGACGCCCCGACCUUGCCUACUGGGUCUACCGGCCAUAUCCCUACUGGGCCUGUCAUGAGCUGGGUUCCUGCGAUGCCGACACAGGUGCCUUCGUCAGCUCCAACGCGACCGCCUUGGGUGAGCUGGAGUGUAUCUGUGGCCGUGGUGUCUUCUUGGGCUGGGACUCAUGGUUUGUCUAUGCCACGCUUGCGGCGGGCGUUGUGUAUAGCUGGUUGACAGGGAAGGUGGUCCAAAACUUCAACACCGUCAUCCGGUCUGUCUUCGACAUGUUUCCGAUCGUGCUUCUGUGGUUUUUCAUAGGCCCUCUGGCAUCCCGGGUGCCGUUAGAGGCCUUCCAGACCUACUACUCCGACGGGCCUAUCCCUUUUGUCAACCCAGACAGGGCCAAGGAUCUCAUGACCAUCGUUAAUCCCCUCUGCGGCCUCACCUACAUCGUGGCGGCUGGGCAAGUUCGGGAAGUCGCGGAGUUUCGCAAGGGCUUGAGGAAAGAAGAGGAGACUUGCCGAAGAUUCUUGCUACGGGUUCCUUAUUGUGUAGCACAAGAUGGUAAUCUCGGGGUCUGGAUGAUGACCACCAUUACCUCCCUAUGGUCCCUCUAUCCUAUACGAGGAUAA